CUGAAGAGGGUCAACGUCUGUGUUCAUGUAGGUGCUAUCACGAAGCAUCUAAUUUUUUGCAUCCUGGAACCUGGGUUGGCCUAGGCAUGGCUGCUGUCACUGGCCCAUUCUGGAAAUACAUUAUCUUAAUUGCAUUAUCUGCUCAUUUUGGACUUUUAUUGACCCUUCUCUUUGUUUGCAGCCUAUGGAUCUUUUAGUCUUGCAGAAGCAUUUGCAGACAAAGUUCUUUACUGGUUUCCACUCUACUACCAUAUGAAGUUUGCAUUUCUUGUUUGGCUUCAACUUCCAUCUACUGAUGGGGCAGGGCAUUUGUACAUGAGGCAUCUGCGUCCAUUCCUUUUGAGGCAUCAAGCUAAACUUGAUCAAAUUAUGGGGCUUUUAUAUGGUGAAAUGGCUAAAUUUAUUAGUCUACACCAAGCAGAAAUCCAGUUGGCAAGGACAUUUGUCAUGAAGGUUUUGGCAGGAGUCCGAGAUAUCAUUCACUCAGACGUAAAGCAAGUGACUGGUGCGAUCGAGGGUCCAACAACCAGACGGACGCAUGACUCAACAACAACCCAACCAACGCAUGAUUCAGUGAUUGAGAACCCAACAACAGGGAGACAAACACAGGACUCAGAAUCCAACCAUGAAGAAUGAUGCCGUCUUCGACGAAGAAGCAAAAGUCAAUCUUUGCUCCCUACCAGAAAUUUGUAGCAAAUAAUUUCCAUCUUCGAAGAAGCAAAAACCAAUCUUUGCACCCUACCAGAAAUUUGUGGCAAAAUUUUUUUUGUGUUUGAUAGGGCUUUGGGCAUAUUGAUAAGAGUACAAAAAUUUGUGAAUGGAAUUGGGUUUUAAGCUGUAAAUUUAUGGGUUUACUGGUGUAGUUUUAGCUUAUUGUAUCUAUAAAUGGUUGAAUGCAUGAAACUGAAAAUCAGAUAUUGCUGUAAAGCCUGAACAUUUGUGGACUUGGUGAUUGAUUCAAAACCUUUUUUUUUUUCACACAA